AUGUGUCUUCUGCUUGCUGAGGGCGUGGUGCUGCAGGCAAUAGAGGAUUUAGGCGGUGCUGCAGCGCUGCUGCAUGCGCAGCUACUGCAGCAAACCGCAAGCCUCAGUGACGACGCGCUGCUGCUGCUGCUGCAGACCCAGCUGCUGCUGUGCUGCGGCUCACCCCGAGGUGGCGAGACUCCUUUACGUCUCCGUGCUGUCUCGGGGCCAGCUCUUGCAGCAGCCGCAGCAGCAGCAAACGCAGCAGAAGCAGCAGCAGCCCCGCCGCCGAGCUGCAGCAGUGCAGCCCUAGGGUGGAAUGAAGAGAGCCUCUCUUUGCUUCCGCUAGUGGAGGUUUCCGAGGAAGCACUUCUAGAGAGCAGCAGCAGCAGCAGUAGCAGCAGAAGCAGCAGCAGCAACAGCAGCAGCAAGCGGGCCGUGUCUGUGCUGCACUUGCUGCUGCUGGAGGCGGAAAGGCGCAACGCGUGUGGGCGUUUGCUGCAGUCGCCGCAGCAGCUGGUGCUGCUGAGUUUCGCGCUGCACUUCUUCGAGUGUCUUGACCCUUUAGCUGCUGCUAGCUGCAGCAAGUUGCAGCGCCUGGCAAGCCGGCUUGCUUGGCGCAGGGGCGUCAUUGCAGCAGCAGCAGCAGCAGCAGCAGCUUCACCACGAACAGAAACAGCACAAGUAACAGCGGCGACAGCGCAGCAGGCAGCAGCAGCAGCAACAGCAGCAGCAACAGCAGCGAAAGCUGGGACUAUGGGGUCUUCUGCAUGGGGUCUUCUGCAUGGACCAGAAAGGGAGUCGCCUUGUGGCCACGAAGAGGUCUCACUGCUGCUUCCCGCAGCGGCCCGUAGCAGCAGCAGCAGCAGCAGCAGCAGCGUGGCGCUGCAGCUUGGCGUUGGGUGCAGCCACUGGACAGACCGUUGGGUGUGGCGCUUUGCUGCUGAGGCGGUCGCCCUACGCUCAACGACCGCAGCAGCAGCAACAGCAGCAGCAGCGGCACCUGCUGCUACUGGCAGGCUUUCCGAGGGCAACUUCAGCAGCAACAGCGCGCAGCAGCAAGCCAGGGGACACAGUCUCAGAGGUUUGCUGCUAACUAAAACAAUUGAGGGCUGGGUUGCUGCAGAUGGCUGUGCUGCUGCUGAGGCAACAGAUUUCCCCGAAAAGGCUUUUGUGCUGCUGCUGCUGCCGCGGCGCAACUUGUGGCUGGAGGAAAAUAUAGGAAGCCCCAGUGAGGCAGCAGCAAGCGAAAGUGGGCUUCGGGCUGCUGCUGCUUUGCGGCUGUUCUAUGGGUACUUUGCUAGGGCAAGAGGGAGGUGUUUGGCGCUGCUGCAGCCCCUGCUGCAGCAGCAGCAGCAGCAGCAGUGCCAGCAGCAGCAGACUUGGCAGCAGCGGUUCCCGCCCAGCUAG